GCUGUUGUUUCCGGGCUGGUUUCUGCCUUCGCUCGGUUUCCGCCUUCGCCAAUGCCACGAUGCCAUGAACCAUCAUUUUGCCUCCUCAUGGCUGAAGUCGCUUUCAAACAAACUGGACUCACUGGUGGAAUGGUCCUGGGUCGCAGAGCGCCAAGGAACCACCACAACCCAUCGUCAGCUCUUCAGGGAGUUUUUCUCAGCUCCGUUUCAAAAAACGUUAGCGCUCGUGGAUGAGCAGAAGAAGGGGGACUUCCUUCGAGUGAUCGAGAAGAAUCUCUACAAGUUCGACCCCAAGACACAACAGUUUCCUUUGGGCUGCCUUUGCGCUUUGCUGCAGCAUGGAAAAGAUUCACCUACUACUCAGGAGAAAGUGGGAGCCUGGGUCGAUUUCAUAUUGGACCGUCUCAUGCGAUCUCCCACUGCGCCUACCGCAGCCGAAAUUGCAGAGGAGUGCCUCUCAGUGCCAUUUCAGCGAUUGCUGCCCAUGAUGCGAGAGCAAUUGCGAGACAGCCUGGCAGAUGGACUGGGUGAGCAUGUCCUGCCGCAUUUAGACGAGGCCGCACAGAAGCGACUUCUUGAUGGGUUGGGCGUUGAGACACCGCCAGCAGCUGGAAAUGCCUCAGGACAAUCACCCUUGCUGCCUGAACGGAUUGAAUCGCUGGUGGUGAAGUGCACCGAGGAGCUUCAAGCCUCUUGCAGAUCCCGAUGCGCCCUUCGGUGUGUGCAGGAGCUGAAUCUUUGGUUUUUCUCUGCACCUGCCUUCCCUGCAUCACCUUUGGCGCUUGCGGACGCCCUCGCAAGAGCUGAACAUCCAUCGCUGCGCUUCUUCACAGCAGUUCGACAACCGCAAAAGAAGGAGGCCUUCCUUGUGUCUGUGGCCCUCUGCUUGCAGAGCCUUCGAGGGCGCUUUUCGUGGAUGCGUAUGACGGAGCCGGUGCUGGAACGCCUCAGUCAAGACUUGCAACAAAGACUGUUCUUCGUGCAGAACCAGGGUCCAGUCAUGGAUUUGUGGCUUUCUUCACGGCUGAAGAAGUACAACAACGAGGCCUCCUCCCGGAUCGCCGCCGUCUUUGCACAGCCAGGGGUGCCCAAGUUGGAGCCGUUGAAGGCUUUGCUGUUGCCGUUCUUUCCGCAAACAGAGGAUGGACCAGGAGAUUGGCUGCCGCUCCAUGGCCCAUCGAAACUGGCAGAUGCGGUGUCGGAGUGGCUCACUGAGGGUACCCCCAUCUUCUUGCCGCGGCACAGCCUGUCUAGGGAGACGCUCCUCAGCCUUCUGCAACGGACGGGCCGUUGGCUUGAGGUUGAUGUGCAGAACGGAGCGCGCCUUGCUGCGUCGACUGGUCCUUUGCCUCCCUUGCCACCGGUGCCGCCUCCUGCAUCCCCACGAGGCGAUGCUGAUUCCAAAUCUGCGGUCGAAGGAGACGUGGACAAUCUGAUCGAUUUGCUGAUGAAAGAAGCCUUGGCACCAGUGAACCCUGAGAUGCGCGCGCACGUUCAGAAGAUUAGCCAUGGUGUGUACCGUGUCAGUGGCAAGGAAGUUACGCUACAUACCAUCAGCGGCAACCUCUAUGUCUACCGAAUUGGGGAUUCUGUACAGCACAAGCCAGUGAAGAUGCUCCUGAUCGAGGAGGGCUUGUUGGCGCCUGACGAGGAGAAGUCAGGCGUGCCCUCGCCGACAAGCAAUGCACCACCUGUGGACACCUCUUCGGUGGCUCGCAUUGCACAGAUCUCGCAGCAAAGCUCGGCAGCAGGAGCAAAGACAUCAACCCCAGGUGCAACGCAGGGUGUUUUGCCAUUCGGACUGGGGCGGCCAGCACCGCCUGUGACGCCGGCCAAGCCGGAUCCACAGGCGCUCAUCUCAAAGCGGGUGGAGGCCGCAACACGCGCAGCAGAUGUGGCAAAGCAGGUGCUGCGGCGGCAGAUCGACUUCCAGGACGAGGAAAAACUGCGCAAGCUCUUGAUCAAGGGUCUCAAGCAUGACCAACAGUGGUCUGCAGCCUAUCAGGAGUACUGCAGCAUGAGGAGGGUCUCUCCGGAUGCGGUCUUGAAUGCCAACAGGGAGUUCAUGGCAACGUUUGUUGAACAGAAUUUGCCAAAUUCCAUCAACACAGAAUGGGCCCAGAAGGUUAUCCAUAGCAAGGAUAAAAAGGAUAAAAAAGAAGAUAAAAAAGAGAAGAAAGAAAAGGGAAAGAAGGAGAAAAAGAAGGACGACAAGAAGCGAGAGCUGGACCAUGGUGUUGUACCGGAUCCUCGAGCUCAACGACAUUUGUAGGACUGCGCAGGUCCUUACAAAUUGACAUAAACAGAAAAAUCAUGAUUAUUAUUGAAUUCUAAUUCUGAUAAAUAUAGAUUUAAACUAAAAUUAAUAUCUGACUAUUGAAUAUUUUUAGAUAAUUAUAUAUUAUUUUUAAAUAUAUAUAAUUACGAUUAUUUUACUUGAGGAUUUUUUUUUAUAUAUAGAAUUAUUUAAAAAAUAUUAUUUUAUUACGAUAAGGCUAUUAAGAGGCGUACGCGUAUAAUUCGACGAAAUCGAAAGGCCUAAUAAUCCGGUUUUAUUUUGGGAUUUUUGGCGAAGAUACUUAUUUUUAUGGCGGUUAUAUAUUCGAUAUUUUGUCUUAGGUUCAACGGAAAAUUCGAUAUUUUUAGGUUGUGCGAUAUUCGAAUAUUGUUUUUUAUGGAUUCGAUAUUUUUGCAAGUUGUACGAGAUGCGAAUUUCGAACGUCGAGAGAUUCGAGAU